AUGACCUCAGGAACUUUGGAAGAGCCAGAACCCGGGACAAGACACGAUUGGAGAAGCGCAGAGUUGCUUUGGGAUCUCAAGGAUUCCUGGUCUUUCUUCGCCAAUUUGAGGGACGCGUAUCGACUAAUCAAAUUGACACGCAAAUCUCUGCUCUCACCCGCGUCAAAGAAGGCUCGCGAUCUGGAGACUCGCGAUUUGGAAACCCCUGAUACUGCUGGAAAUUUAGUGGUCACUGAGGCAGGGAUAUGGAGACUUGGUUCCAAGCUUGGAAAUUCGUACAGCUGCACAUGGUAUGGCGUGGUGUUCAAUUUUAUUAUCAAUACCUCUGGUGACGUCUACGUCUCGAUCUUCAACGAUAAUGGAUACCCCGUCAUCGCGACUGUCAUUGACAGUUUAUCGAAGAAGGUUGUAGCCUCCGGGAAUCUUGGAUUGUCACAACACGAAGCCUAUCAGCAAACCAUCGCCAAGGCCGGAGAAGCAUACACAUUUACAGUUCAGUCUUAG